AUGAAGCUCUCACCAUCCGCCCUCCUGGCCCUCGCGCCAGCCCUCGUCAACGCCGCCGUCAUCUGGGACGGCCGCUUCAACGACCUCUCCUCCUCCGCCGACCUCGACAAAUGGUCCUGGUCCAACCAAGUCGGCGCCUACCAAUGGUACAUCAAAGGCAGCAGCCCCACGUCCUCCUACAUCAACCUCUCCGAAGACUUCAAGAACCCAGCCGACACCUCCUCCAAAAAGGGCGCCAAAUUCACCCUCGACGGCACGGCCUUUUGGAACGGCCAGACCAUGCGGCGCACCGAGCUCAUCCCGCAAACGACGGCGGGCAUCAACAAGGGGAAGGUGUUUUACCACUUUUCGAUGAUGAGGAAGGCGCAGAAUGCACCGAGCGUGAAUAAGGAGCAUCAGAUUUGCUUCUUUGAGAGCCAUUUUACGGAGAUGAAGUACGGGUGGAUUUCCGGGGAGCAGGGGACCGAGAAUCCGAAUUUGCAGUUUAUGGUUUCGCAGAAGGGGCUUUGGAAGACGGAGUGGGCUCCUGAUGUGUGGCAUAACAUUGCCUAUGAGAUUGACUUUGGUGCCAACAAGGUCGGCUUCUGGCACUCCGAAGGCGACGAGCCUCUCACCCAAAAAGUCGCGCCCGUUGCGGCAUCCACCUCCUCCAACGGCGCGGAUUGGCAUCUAGGUGUCCUCGAGCUUCCCCGUGACGGCUAUCCCCACCAGAACGAGGACUUUUACUUCUCGGGCGUCUAUAUUGAGGAUGGCACCAUCACUACCGACGUCAGCGGACCGGCGUAA